CCGUUCUCCUUUCUCAUCUGAGCCCGAAACUUCACAGUUUCCUCAGCAAAUCGGCGGUGGCGAGAACUGAUCCUCGACUUGUGGGAAUCCGAUUGAUCAUUCCGAACGCUGGUCAAGCGGAGUUAGAGAAGCUUAAGUGAUGAAGAUAGUGCGUAGAGAUAUUGAACCUAAUGGACCUGGAAGCGUCAAGAUGGUACCGGACGAUCCCGAUGAUCUCUGGUUUGCUUACAACUUGAUCGCCCAAGGUGAUAGGGUUAUGGCAGUCACUUUCAGAAAGGUUCUGAGAGAAGCAGCUAGUGGGGGAAGAGAAGCCGAGCGUAUUAGACUGAAGCUUGAAAUACAAGUUGAGGAUGUGGAUUACGAUAAAGGAGGGUCUAUGUUACGCAUACGUGGGAAGAAUAUAUUGGAGAAUGAGCAUGUAAAGAUUGGUGCAUUCCAUACUUUGGAGCUUGAGAUUAAAAGGGCUUUCGUGUUAAGAAAGGAUGUUUGGGACUCAUUUACUCGCGAUACACUGAAGCAGGCCUCUGAUCCUGGCGCCAGUGCUGAUCUAGCUGUGGUUUUAAUGCAAGAAGGAUUAGCUCACAUCUUCCUUGUUGGUAGGAGUGUUACAACUAGCCGUGCACGAAUAGAGACUUCAAUUCCUAGGAAGCAUGGACCUGCCAUUGCUGGUUAUGAAUCUGCUUUGAAGAAGUUCUUUGAGAAUGUUCUACAGGCUUUUGUGAAGCACGUUGAUUUCAGUGUCAUCCGAUGUGCUGUGAUUGCAAGCCCAGGCUUCACAAAGGAUCAGUUUCACCGUCACCUAUUGUUGGAAGCGGAAAGAAGACAGCUUCGACCAAUUAUAGAGAACAAGUCACGUAUAUUACUCGUGCACACAACCUCCGGCUAUAGACAUAGCCUGAGAGAGGUUUUGGAUGCUCCGAACGUCAUGAAUAUGAUAAAAGAUACUAAAGCAGCAAAAGAGGUUCAAGCUCUCAAGGAGUUCUUCGACAUGCUUUCAAAUGAAUCUGCCCGGGCGUGUUAUGGACCAAAGCAUGUGGAAAUCGCUCAUGAGCGAAUGGCAGUCCAGACACUGCUUAUUACCGAUGAGCUUUUCAGGAAUUCCGACAUAGCAACGAGGAAAAAGUACGUGAAGUUGGUGGAAUCGGUGAAAGGUUCAGGAGGCGAGGCAUACAUAUUUUCUUCGAUGCAUAUCUCGGGUGAACAAUUGGCGCAGUUGAGCGGAAUCGCAGCGAUUCUGAGGUUCCCAUUGCCCGACCUCGAAGACAUUGAGAUGUGAAAAACAAGCUGCAGGAAUGGUACAAGGUUCGAGUAAUAUGAUCACAUGAAAACACUUGCGCGCACAGUCGAGAAACAGAAACACCUGCCAAAUAUUUGUCAGCUAAGAGAGAGAGAGAGAGAAAACGGCAAAUCAUGCGUCCAAAUUCCUAAAAUGUAAGGCAAAUUCUUAUCGUUCCUAUUCGCUUUCUUUGUGACCUGAAUAAACGAUAGAUUACAGUUAUAUUUUUUUUAUUGCUAUCA